AUGCCAGGAUCCUCAUCAGAUAUUAAUUUUGACAUACAGGACAUCUCAUCAUCUCAGGAAGUCAAACAAGAAGUUCAGGCAUCACAACCAAGUCACAACCAAGUUCAAUAUGUUGCUGAAACACCUUCUUUGAUCCAAGUCACACAGGAAGUGCAGGCACCAAGUCCAAUCCAAUAUGUUGAUGAAACACCUUCUCGCCAGUUGCAGGUUGGUUCUCAGUCUGAUGUGCUGUCUACAUUUGAACAAGCAGGAACCCCUACUGUGGCCUUAAGAUCCCGACUUUGCAUCGUCUGCUUCGAUCGAGAACCAACAUCAUACUAUUUUCCCUGUGGACACACCUCUUGUCUCCCAUGUGCUUUACACUUGUUUGAAAAUACCACUGCAAAGAAGUGCCCAACAUGCCGGCAGACAAUAAACUCCAUAAGAAACAUCUACAAUGACAUUUAA